GGUUGUAGUGAGCCGAGAUCGCGCCACUGCAUUCCACCCUGGGCGACAGAGCGAGACUUCGUCUCAAAAAGAAAAGAAAAAGAAAGGAGGAGACCCAGGGUAUGAGCGGAGGAGGCCGGCGCUGCCGGGACCACGCGCGUGCGGUAAACGGUCCCAGAGGCCCGGGCCCCGGCGGCUGCGCCGAGUCCCCGCCCCUCCCGGCUCCGUAGGGGUAGGAGGGGGCCGGCGGAGUUUCCCUCCCCGCCCAGCGGCCCUGGGCGGGCUUUUCGGCUGCUUCUCAUAAGCAGGUGGUUUCGUUUCUCCGGCACAGGUAGGUUUCUCCGGCACCGAUUCGGGGCCUGCCCGGACCUCGCCGCACGCUGCAGAACCUCGCUCAGCGCCCACCAUGCCCCGGCAGCUCAGCGCGGCGGCCGCGCUCUUCGCGUCCCUGGCCGUAAUUUUGCAUGAUGGCAGUCAAAUGAGAGCAAAAGCAUUUCCAGAAACCAGAGAUUAUUCUCAACCUAGUGCAGCAGCAACAGUACAAGACAUAAAAAAACCUGUCCAGCAACCAGCUAAGCAAGCACCUCACCAAACUUUAGCAGCAAGAUUCAUGGAUGGUCAUAUCACCUUUCAAACAGCGGCCACAGUAAAAACUCCAACAACUACCCCAGCAACUACAAAAAACACUGCAACCACCAGCCCAAUUACCUACACCCUGGUCACAACCCAGGCCACACCCAACAACUCACACACAGCUCCUCCAGUUACUGAAGUUACAGUCGGCCCUAGCUUAGUGCCUUAUUCACUGCCACCCACCAUCACCCCACCAGCUCAUACAACUGGAACCAGUUCAUCAACCGUCAGCCACACAACUGGGAACACCACUCAACCCAGUAACCAGACCACCCUUCCAGCAACUUUAUCGAUAGCACUGCACAAAAGCACAACCGGUCAGAAGCCUGUUCAACCCACCCAUGCCCCAGGAACAACGGCAGCUGCCCACAAUACCACCCGCACAGCUGCACCUGCCUCCACGGUUCCUGGGCCCACCCUUGCACCUCAGCCAUCGUCAGUCAAGACUGGAAUUUAUCAGGUUCUAAACGGAAGCAGACUCUGUAUAAAAGCAGAGAUGGGGAUACAGCUGAUUGUUCAAGACAAGGAGUCGGUUUUUUCACCUCGGAGAUACUUCAACAUCGACCCCAACGCAACCCAAGCCUCUGGGAACUGUGGCACCCGAAAAUCCAACCUUCUGUUGAAUUUUCAGGGCGGAUUUGUGAAUCUCACAUUUACCAAGGAUGAAGAAUCAUAUUAUAUCAGUGAAGUGGGAGCCUAUUUGACCGUCUCAGAUCCAGAGACAAUUUACCAAGGAAUCAAACAUGCGGUGGUGAUGUUCCAGACAGCAGUCGGGCAUUCCUUCAAGUGCGUGAGUGAACAGAGCCUCCAGCUGUCAGCCCACCUGCAGCUGAAAACAACCGAUGUCCAACUUCAAGCCUUUGAUUUUGAAGAUGACCACUUUGGAAAUGUGGAUGAGUGCUCGUCUGACUACACAAUUGUGCUUCCUGUGAUUGGGGCCAUCGUGGUUGGUCUCUGCCUUAUGGGUAUGGGUGUCUAUAAAAUCCGCCUAAGGUGUCAAUCAUCUGGAUACCAGAGAAUCUAAUUGUUGCCCGGGGGGAAUGAAAAUAAUGGAAUUUAGAGAACUCUUUCAUCCCUUCCAGGAUGGAUGUUGGGAAGUUCCCUCAGAGUGUGGGUCCUUCAAACAAUGUAAACCACCAUCUUCCAUUCAAACCAAGUGAGUCAUGUGUGAUUUAAGUUCAGGCAGCACAUCAAUUUCUAAAUACUUUUUGUUUACUUUAUGAAAGAUAUAGUGAGCUGUUUAUUUUCUAGUUUCCUUUAGAAUAUUUUAGCCACUCAAAGUCAACAUUUGAGAUAUGUUGAAUUAACAUAAUAUAUGUAAAGUAGAAUAAGCCUUCAAAUUAUAAACCAAGGGUCAAUUGUAACUAAUACUACUGUGUUUGCAUUGAAGAUUUUAUUUUACCCUUGAUCUUAAAAAAAAUGCCUUUGCUUUGUUAUCAAAUGGACUUUCAGUGCUUUUACUAUCUGUGUUUUAUGGUUUCAUGUAACAUACAUAUUCCUGGUGUAGCACUUAACUCCUUUUCCACUUUAAAUUUCUUGUUUUUGUUUUUUGAGACGGAGUUUCACUCUUGUCACCCAGGCUGGAGUACAGUGGCACGAUCUCGGCUUAUGGCAACCUCCGCCUCCCGGGUUCAAGUGAUUCUCCUGCUUCAGCUUCCCGAGUAGCUGGGAUUACAGGCACACACUACCACGCCUGGCUAAUUUUUGUAUUUUUAUUAUAGACGGGGUUUCACCAUGUUGGCCAGACUGGUCUUGAACUCUUGACCUCAGGUGAUCCACCCACCUCAGCCUCCCAAAGUGCUGGGAUUACAGGCAUGAGCCAUUGCGCCCGGCCUUAAAUGUUUUUUUUAAUCAUCAAAAAGAACAACAUAUCUCAGGUUGUCUAAGUUUUUUUAUGUAAAACCAACAAAAAGAACAAAUCAGCUUAUAUUUUUUAUCUUGAUGACUCCUGCUCCAGACUCGCUAGACUAAGAAUUAGGUGGCUACAGAUGGUAGAACUAAACAAUAAGCAAGAGACAAUAAUAAUGGCCCUUAAUUAUUAACAAAGUGCCAGAGUCUAGGCUAAGCACUUUAUCUAUACCUCAUUUCAUUCUCACAACUUAUAGGUGAAUGAGUAAACUGAGACUUAAGGGAACUGAAUCACUUAAAUGUCACCUGGCUAACUGAUGGCAGAGCCAGAGCUUGAAUUCAUGUUGGUCUGACAUCAAGGUCUUUGGUCUUCUCCCUACACCAAGUUACCUACAAGAACAAUGACACCACACUCUGCCUGAAGGCUCACACCUCAUACCAGCAUACGCUUACCUUACGGGGAAAUGGGUUUAUCCAGGAUCAUGAGACAUUAGGGUAGAUGAAAGGAGAGCUUUGCAGAUAACAAAAUAGCCUAUCCUUAAUAAAUCCUCCACUCUCUGGAAGGAGACUGAGGGGCUUUGUAAAACAUUAGUCAGUUUCUCAUUUUUAUGGGAUUGCUUAGCUGGGCUGUAAAGAUGAAGGCAUCAAAUAAACUCAAAGUAUUUUUAAAUUUUUUUGAUAAUAGAGAAACUUCGCUAACCAACUGUUCUUUCUUGAGUGUAUAGCCCCCUCUUGUGGUAACUUGCUGCUUCUGCACUUCAUAUCCAUAUUUCCUAUUGUUCACUUUAUUCUGUAGAGCAGCCUGCCAAGAAUUUUAUUCCUGCUGUUUUUUUGCUGCUAAAGAAAGGAACUAAGUCAGGAUGUUAACAGAAAAGUCCACAUAACCCUAGAAUUCUUAGCCAAGGAAUAAUUCAAGUCAGCCUAGAGACCAUGUUGACUUUCCUCAUGUGUUUCCUUAUGACUCAGUAAGUUGGCAAGGUCCUGACUUUAGUCUUAAUAAAACAUUGAAUUGUAGUAAAGGUUUUUGUAAUAAAAACUUACUUUGGA